GUGUAAGGUUAUAUUUUCAUAUUAACAGAUGUUUACGGCCACAUGUUCCCUUCUCAAAAACACCCCUACCCUAUCUCUCAUCAUGCAAAAUAUCAACUUUAAUCCUUCAAAAAAUACCAGUAACAAAAAACCCAAAUUCCCUAUUUAUAUAUAAUACCACUCCUAUUGAACUUCCCACAAACAAAAACAAUCCACAUUUUCAACAUUCCUCUUCCACUCUUACAAACCCUCUUAUAUAGAAAUGGUAUCAAAAUUCUCAUUCAUCCUUUGUGUUAUCUCUAUCUUAGCUCUUGAUCUAGCUGAAGGGGGUUCGACCCAUGAUGCUCCAGCACCAUCAGUGGAUUGCACAAACCUUGUUUUAACCAUGGCAGAUUGUUUAUCAUUUGUAACAAACGGUAGCACAACAACAAAACCAGAAGGUACUUGUUGUUCUGGUUUGAAAUCUGUUCUCAAAACUGCCCCAGCUUGUCUAUGUGAAGCAUUUAAAAGCAGUGCUCAGUUUGGUGUUGUCUUGAAUGUCACCAAAGCUACUUCUCUUCCAGCUGCAUGCAAAGUCUCUGCUCCUUCUGCUACUAAUUGUGGAUUGACUGAAGCACCUGCUUCUGCUCCUGCUGGAGCUGUAUCUCCACAAUCUUCAGCAACAUCUCCAACAUCUUCUUCUAGUACAGGUUCAGGUUUGAAUGAUCCUGUAAAUGAGGUAUCUCCAGCCCCAGCACCAUCAGUAGGGAGCACAGCAUCAGGACUAUUCCCAAUUUCACUGGGAUCCUUACUUGUUUGCCUAUUGCUAGCUACAAUUUCAGUUUGUUAAAAAAUGUGUUUCAUAUUUUCAUUUUGAGAUCAUAGAUGACAUGAGAGGGGUUGUUUUGAUGCUUUCUAAUUUGGGUUUUUACCAUUAGAUUACUUCUUCUUGUUAUAUGUGUGACUUAUUAGUAGAUAUAAUUCAUUCUAGGAGUGACUCGAACCUCUUUGAGCUUGUACCCUCUUUUUAUUAUAAUACUAUUUAUUUUAUAUAUAAGUCUUUA